AUGGAAAAAACACAAACAACUACAAAACAGUCUUAUAGUGCUUUGGGUUUUGAGUUAGGUAUUUCUGAAGAUCGCAAUAAACGAUGUCGUAGAACAAUGGAAGAUGCCCAUACAUUCGUAUUUGAUUACAUGGGGGUUCCUCGCCAAGGCUUUUUUGCUAUUUUUGACGGUCAUGCUGGUAAAGCAACUGCUGAAUGGUGCGGUGCUAACUUUGAUAAAGUGCUUGCAAAAGUUAUCGAAUCAAGUUCAAAAGAAGAAACAGUGCCAGAAAUUUUAAAUAAAGCAUUUUUAGCAGUUGAUCAUGAAGUCAAUCAAAAUGAAGGAAAGUUUUCUGGUUGUACUGCUAUUGUUGCUUUUGUCAAAGUAGAAGGAAAUAAGCGUAUUUUAUAUACUGGUAAUGUGGGAGAUGCACGCGCUGUCUUAAGUCGCCAAAAUAAAGCACUUCGACUUUCAUACGAUCAUAAAGGGUCAGAUCUGCAAGAAGCAAAACGUAUUAUGGACCUUGGAGGCUUUAUGAUGAAUAACCGUGUUAAUGGCGUGUUAGCUGUCACUCGAUCAUUAGGUGAUAGUGUAAUGAAAGAAUUCGUUGUUGGUAAUCCUUUUACAACUGAGACUGAACUUGGUCCAGACGAUGACUUUUUAAUUUUAGCUUGUGAUGGGCUUUGGGAUGUUUGUGAAGAUCAAGAUGCAGUUGACCUCAUCAAAGAUGUUCAAGAUCCUCAAGUUGCUAGUAAAAAAUUAUUAGAUCAUGCACUUGCUAAUUUUAGUACAGACAAUCUAAGUAUUAUGGUUAUUCGUCUCAAGUAA